AUGAUGAUCAACGACAGCAUAGCGUCGGCCACCAAUGUUUCGGAGCCGCCUCUCGCGCUCUCGCUGGCCCACAGCAACCACAGCGCGUUCCCCGCGCUGAGCCUGGAAUCCCGCUCACUGGUCACCUCGGCCACCAUGUUCGCCGUGGGCGUCCUGGGGAACCUGAUCGCCAUCGUGGUGCUGUGCAUCUCCAAGAAGGAGCAGAAGGAGACCACCUUCUACACGCUGGUGUGCGGCAUGGCCAUCACGGACCUCCUGGGGACGUGCUUCACCAGCCCGGUGGUGAUCGCGACCUACGUGGCGGGCCGGUGGCCCGGCGGAGCUCUUCUGUGUCACUUCUUCUCCUUCUCCAUGCUCUUCUUCGGCUCGGCCGGCAUGUCUAUCCUGUGCGCCAUGGCCGUGGAGAGAUACCUGGCCAUUAACCACGCCUACUUCUACUCGCAGCACAUAGACAGGACCAUGGCUCGCUUCGCCCUCCUCUCAGUCUACCUGGCCAACACGGUCCUGUGCGUCAUGCCCAGUUUCGGCUUCGGCCAGCACGUGAGACACUUCCCAGGAACGUGGUGCUUCCUGGACUGGAGGGCGACGGACCCCCUGGGCGCCUGCUACUCGUUCCUGUACGGCGGGGCGAUGCUGCUGCUCAUCGCCGUCACGGUGCUGUGCAACCUGGCCGUGUGCAGGUCUCUGGUGGGAAUGAACCAGAGGACCGGGAUCGUUCGGGCCGAGGCGGGCGAGCAGGGCGGCACCAGGAGACGCUUCCCCCGGCUGCAGUCGGUGUCCUCGGCGGCGGAGAUCCAAAUGUUCUGGCUGCUCGUUUUCAUGACCAUCGUUUUCCUGGUGUGCUCCAUCCCUCUGGUGGUGAGAAUCUUCGUGAACCAGAUUUACGGCCCUGCUUAUAUUUCCGCCGGAGGGAAGCCCGACUACCGCAGCGACCUGUUGGCAAUUCGCUUCGCCUCCUUCAACCCCAUUUUGGACCCGUGGGUGUACAUCCUGUGCCGGAAGAACCUGCUCCUGAAGGGCUGCGGGAGGCUGAAGCGGGCGGUGACUCAGGUGAAAGAGACCGGCGGUAAUCAUAUAGGCUGGGUCGGAGGUCAGGACUCCCCUCCGUCGUUCAAGACGAACGACACCAGCUACCCGUCGAUACGCAGGAAUGACGUGGAGCGGCGAUCGGCCGCCGGGGACGCGCCGUCCUUCACCAACUUCGCCAUGAGACACGCAUGGGACUACGACACAGCUCCGGUCAACUUCCACCCCUUCAGCGUGGAAGCGAGCGCGGUGCCCGGAGGCACGGACGAAGUAGGGGCUAAUGUGAAGCAGCAGCAGGAGGAUUCAGUGAAGGCCUCACCGGGGCGCCCCACUUCUGCGCAUGUCAGGAGAGGAGAGAUGGUCACGUGCACGUUCAGCACCCCGAGUUCCUGUCAAUCACUUCAAUGCCUCUAA